UUUAUAUGUAGUUUCGUUCGAUACACUUUAGUAGAAAUUGACAAAUCAUACGAAAAUUCUAAAGCUAGUCACAAAAAUAUAUAAAAGACAAGUCAGAAAACCCCAUUCCAAAGAAACAUAAAAUGGAAAGUUCUGAGCGAAAACGAUGUCGUUCAACCGUAGUCGAAACCAUCGAAGCACCACUAUCACUAGUGUGGUCAAUAUUACGUCGUUUCGACAGACCCCAAGCUUACAAACGCUUCGUUAAGAGUUGCACCAUUCGCUUUAACGGCGACGGUGACGGAGGAGAAGGCUCCGUUCGGGACGUGGCGUUAGUCUCCGGCGUUCCAGGUGAUUUCAGCACGGAGAGACUCGACGAGCUAGACGACGAGUCUCACGUGAUGGUAGUAAGUAUCAUUGGUGGUAACCAUAGGCUUGUAAAUUUCACAUCGAAGACAAUGGUGGUUGCGUCGCCUGAUGAUGAGUCGGACAAGACGGUGGUGGUGGAAAGUUACAUAGUGGAUGUGCCGGAAGGAAAUAGCGAAGAAGAUACAAUAUUGUUUGUUGAUACCAUUAUUAGGUAUAAUCUCGUAUCACUUGCUAAGCUUACGAAGAAGAAGAUGGGACACUCUACUUCUGUUUAGUUAAUUAUAGUUAUCUUUGGUUUUAUAGUUAAAGAUAUAUAUAAAGUUAUAUAAAUCGUUGGUUUAGUAGCCUUGUGUUAGUAAAGCAUGUCUUUGGUUUCUUGCGUACGUUUCUUGUGCUAUUAGAAAUAGAUAAAAACCUAUGUAAGAAAUAUAAAUAAUGCUAUUGAAGAUUUGCUUCAAU